CUUCUUCUGCUUCCCUUCCUCCCCCGACCCUCUGCACCCGACGAGUCCCCCCAACUACCGCCACCCAUUUCCGGCCGGAAAUCCGGCAAAGCUUGGGGAUUUCUCCAUAUGUUCUUGUCUUAGAACACCUGUUGAACCCAGAAAAUCCCAGAUCUGCGUCUUCCUCCCUCUGCUGUCCGUCGGCUUCAACUUGUGGGUUUGAAAUUUCUGGGCAUUUUUCGCCCGCGAGUUCCCCUGCAGAAUUUCUUCUUCCUUGCCGCCGGCUUUUUCCCCCCUGCUAGGCUCGGUUUUGCUUUCUAAACUCUGGUUCCCGAUCGUUCUGUCAGUUAGCACUGAGAUUGAGUGCUCGGUUUUAUGCGAGUGAGGUAAGUAAAUCAUGGUAAAGCCCUUCGAUUUUAAAGCAUCUGACUGUAAGGGUGCAUUUAAUGCACAAUGGUCGACUGAUUUGAAGAAUAAUUAAUAUUUUUGAAAUCGGAAUACCAAAGCCAGCUUAACAUUUUUGUAGCUAGCUGUCCAAGAAAAUAGAAUGUGCAGCAAACCCACAAAGCUAGCUUUGCGUUUUGCAACCGGCUCUACGGAGAAAACAGAAUGUGCAAGAUCCCGCAAAGCCAGCUGUAGAAAUGGUAAGCCGGCUGUAUAGAGCCGGCUCUAGGAAGUUAAGCUGACUGUCUUAACAAUUCUGCAACUCGAGCUUUGCGUCCCGUAGAGCAUUUAAUGAUCCCAAACGGUUAGAAACGGCUAUUUUCAAGUAAGAGACUAUAAAUAUGGUUGGUAAUAGAUCUAAAACAAGUUUAUAGAGCAUUGUAAUGAAUAUCUUUACUUACCAACUUGUGCUUUAACUUGAGAUUUUGAUAUUUAAAAGAUCUUUAUUUGUAAUCCUCUUCUUGUUCUAUUUCUGAGUGAUCUUGGGGGGGUGUGAUUAUUCCUUCAAGAGUGAUUUGUAGAGAGGAUUGUUUGGGUUUAUCUUGUAAAGGGGUGAAAUUUGAGAGAAACACCCUUCUUAUUGUAAAAGGAUUGAGUGGUUCCUUUAAACCACCCUUGAUUUUGUUAGUGGAGAGUGUGGAGGAAAUCCUUGGUGAGUGAAGUCAAGGUAGAGGACUAGGUUCCAAGUGGUUGGAUCGAACCUCUAUAAAAUCAUUAUGCAAGC